AUUUGUACAGCACAUUUCUUUGCAAUGCUCAUAAAGAACAUUUGCCUCUAGAGAUAGCUGUUCUCUUAUAUUAUUGACGAUAGAUUUGAGGGAAUAUAGAGGCUUUCGAUUUCCUUUCUAUUACCGCUACAGGGGAAGCCUUAUACCAGGUUUUUGUUGUCUGCACACAAAUUCUUUCCAAUCCGAAAUCCUAUAUACAUUAUAGAGACGGACAGAUAUUGUAACUUUAAAGCGGACACCUAAGACCUGGCCCUAUUAGGCGCCUCCGGCAUGGCUUCAAGUAAAGAGAACAGCCACCCUUCCCCAGAUGGUCGAACAUGGCGCAGUUACUUCCCAGAUGGGGAUCUUUGGGUAUUUGGAUACGGGAGCUUAAUUUGGAAGCCACCACCACAUUAUGACCAAAGAGUCCCAGGUUAUGUUAAUGGCUGUGUGCGACGAUUCUGGCAGGCUAGUUCGGACCAUCGAGGAACGGUGGAAAACCCCGGACGAGUGGUAACUGUAAUAGACCGUGGAUUUUGGGAAACUUUGGACGAUCCGCUCGCCCACCUUGAAUCGGCGUCAUCGGUAUCUCGAGUCUGGGGCGCAGCAUACCACAUUCCCGCCUCUCAUGCCGAAGAAGUUCAUGAUUACCUCGACGAGCGCGAAAUUAAUGGGUAUACUGUGCAUUACACGCCCUUCCACCCUUUCUCGGAAUCUAAGGCUCCGGGUUCAGACUCUGAACCGAUAACUUGCAUGGUGUAUAUCGGUCAGCCCACUAAUUCGCAAUUCCUGCGCGAUCCGGCUCGUCGCGAGCCGCAAGAUGUCGCGGAGGUGAUUAGUCGCAGUCGAGGUAAAAGUGGAAAGAAUACCGAGUAUCUUUAUCUUUUGGAAAAGGCGCUCGAGGGUCUCGGGCUUGGGAGUGCUGAUGAGUAUGUUACCGAUCUGGUUCGACGGGUGAAGGCCAUUGAGAAGGAGGACGAAGCUUCAAGAGAUGAAGAAGCAGCCGAGAGGGAUUUGAAGAAAUCGCUUAGUCGGUCGGAGGAGGAAGCGCAUCAGACAAUUCAAGACGAGGAGGGAGCGUAACUCUUAACGUAUCCUUCUUGGCAAGUGGUGAGAGCUCGGGUAGGAUUCCGUGAUCGGCAGCCAAGUGGAAGGCUUAUUACAUAGACAGCGUGAGCCCAACCCCAUAGAGUGUUCUCUUCUAUAUUACCGGUUUCGGCGAAUGUCGCAUAGUACCUGAUUACAGAUUGAAAUGAUUCCCGGCGUCAUGAAAUUCAAUAUAAAACGAGCACUGGAGGUCUGAUCUUCAAAAUAGAGACAA